GCUUCCGAUUUCGGUUUGGUUGAGAAAAACGGCAACGCAAGAUCCAGCCUUACAACUCUAUUUGUGUAUUGAGCAUUCGUACUGUAGGGCACUUUCUGGCAACAAACAGCCAACAAACUAAUAGAUAACAUCGAAACCUUGCAGCAAAAACUAAAACCAAAAUGGCCGCUGUAUUGUGUAAUGCAUGUGGCGACAUCUGCAACGGCGCCUGCGAAGUGUGCGGCCAUGUGUGCUCCAAGCCUUGUCAAGCUUGCGGCCAAGUGUGCAACGGCUUUUGCGACGGAUGCGAGGCUUGCUGCAGUUCCUUUGGAAAUCUGUGUAGCAGUCCCUUUAGCAUCUACGUGACAGUUGCAACCAUUUUCAAUCUACCUUCAGUGUACUUUGGGUUGAUGGAAGUCGCCGACAUGGAAUGUCGUGGUUCGCAAUGGCUCUUUGUCAACGCUAUACUGUGCCUCGUGAACGUCAUUGCUGCGUUCUACAUGGCCGUAGCUGUGACACGUGAAGAAUCGACAAGCUCAGAACAGCAAGUCGUUGCCGGCAGACAACCCACUUCGGCCUUUGCCAGGGCGGGAUACAUGUUCUGCUAUGAUCCUUGGAUUGCAGUCUACAUUCUCGUGUUGACUGGGUUCUUUUGUUGGUUGUGGACGGGAGGAAUUUGGAGUCUAAAUGGCAAGGCAGCCAAUGGUUGUAAUGGUGACACCUCAGGGGCCAAGAUAGCAACUGCGCUUGGCUUUGGCUGGGCGUUUUUCUUUUUUGGCAUUGGAGCCCUCAUGAUUGGAAUGUGCUGUGCCUACUGCUACAAAGACACUACGACAUCGUCCACAACUACAAGUUAUUACGAAACUACCGGUACGAGCUCUGCUGCUGCCGCUACGACUACGACCCCUUAUGUCAAUGCCGACAGUGCAGCUGGUAAAACCGCGUCGAACAAGACCGAUGGCAAAAUACCAACAGUGGCAGCCACCCCCGCUCCUUUCGCGGCUUCCACCACGAAGCAAGAUGUACCAACUGUCACUGCCACCCUGUUCUAACGUAUCCAAUAAUUAAUCAGUCGAGGCAGCGAACAGUUUCAAUCGCUCCAAUGGUUGUCGGAUGGAUGAUGAUGUAAUCUACUUUAUCUAUAACACCCAUACGGUACCUGUAGCUACCGUACUAUUAAUAGUACUCUUGUUCUUGUAUCCACACGGUACAUUAGAAGGUACUUCAUACACACUUUCAUCUACUCAUGUGCGGCCGUAUUCCCC